UGACAUGCAGUAUCGGGCUCACUCAACAGCCGAUGCGGCAGCGAGCAGAUCUAUUUGAGCGAUGCAGGAAGAGAGUGGGACAAUGAAAACAAACAUGUUAACCUACCAAUGACUGGAGAGUGGAUUUGUGUGAAGUCUGGGCAAGGCGUGGCCCUUUGUAGUCAAGUUAAGCGUAAGAGCUGGAAAGGGGUGGAAGCGAAACAAUAAAUAAACGAAUGGAAGAAGGGAGCUUCAACGAAGGAGAAGCUUUUUUUCAAGUUGGUUUUAGCGAUUGCCUUCGAGGGAAGGAAAGAAUCGGUUUGUUUGGGGUGCGGCGGAUUAGGCAGGCACUUUCUGAUACGGAAGAGAGAGGAGAAGGGAAGAAGAGAAAGGAAGAGAAAGAAGCGAGCGAGUGGGAAGAGGAGAAGAAGGAAGAAAGAAAGAAAGACUGGGAUAACAAGAAGGGAAAACCACCAAGAAAGUGGGAAGGAAGACUUUCAGGGAGGACGAGAAAGGAGUCGUGGCCCCGAGGUUUGGUUUGGUUUGGUUUAGUUUAGUUUAGUUUAGUUUAGUUCAGGUGUGGACCUGAGACCGGGGGGAAAGCCAGAGAGGGGAGAGUGAAUCUCCUUGCAAUAUUACCGGACUG